AUCGUAAACUGUUACUAUAUAUGUAUGUGAUUUACAAAAAAUAUUGAGUUAUUCAAAUUUCAUAAAUUCAGGUUGAUUUCAUAUAGUUAAAGUGCUCUAUCAAUUUACGAAUAAUAUUACCAGCUGAUGAAAUAAGUAUGGAUAGGGCAACUAAUGAGACACCAAACCUUAUAAAGUUAGCAUAUAUUCUGCUCCGAAUCGCUCCUGAAUUAAUCAUUAAACACAUUGAUCGGACAUAUCCCGGAGGCCUAGAAAAUGCAAUUAAAGAAAACAAAAAAAUACUGAAACAACGCCUAUCAACAGAUGAGUUUAGACGAGUGUGCCAAGUUGAAGAUCAAUUACAACAUAAUAUACACUCUUACUACCAUGAACUAGUUAAUAACACAAUACUUGACGGCGCAGUUCUGGAUGAUCUAAUCUCCAAAGGAAUUAUAUCAAUAGAUGAGCGAGAAAAGGUUAAAAGAUGCCCAAAUCAGUCUGCAAGAAACGAAAUGAUAAUCGAUCUUCUAAAGAGUCGACCUUGCAACGUAAGAGAUACAUUGAUUGAUGCGUUGCAUAAAUCUGGUCACGUGGACAACGAUUUGUUAGAUAGAAUAAUGGAUACGAAAGUAGAUACUAAAGUAGAAAAACUAAAACAAUCAGAAAUUAAUGAAUGGUCGAUAAGACUGGAAAAGAAUUAUUUCGUGUUAGUUCAACAAACGACUUCACUAGAAAGUGUGGUUGACAGCUUGAUAUCAUCUGAAGUAUUGUCCAUAGAUGAUUCAAGUGACAUUAUGUCGAUAGCCAAUCGAUCUGAUCAAGUCCGAGAAUUAAUCGGGAAAAUUAGAAAUAAGACAGCAUAUGACAAUUUUCUAUGCGCCUUGCGACAAGAUGAGGUCAACGAUCAACUUGCUGAAAUGUUGGAAACAACAGAGAUUUCUGAAGAGGAGAAACGAUCACGUAUUGCAGCCAAACUGAAUUGUCCUAUAUUUAAGGCAAUUUCUAUUGAUAUUGCAAUAGUGAUGUAUACAGUGAUUCUUGACACAAAACCACACAAUAUCCAACUAGAUAAACCCAAAAGCAGCGACGACUGUGAACUGAAGACACUUCAAAAUUACUAUAAUUCUAUUAUUGACGUUCAAGACAUUGGUGAUGAACAAUAUGAUGAGAUGUUAAAUAAAGUUGCUGGUAUAAUGGAAAGAAUAUUUGGUUCAUCCCAGGAACUGUAUUUUAAAAUUGAACUGUUGGAACAUCUUGGUACUGAAGUAAUACAUGAAAUGCAUAAAAUACUACGAAAUAUGAAAGAUAAUGCAGUUAUAAAAAGCCUUCAGAUGAAAAUUAAAGACAUGGAAGAGGAUAGUAAAGAAAGCAUUCCAAAAAAUGUGAGAUUAACCCAGCUCAAUGCAAUUGAACAGUGGAUACACUAUGAUAAAACAUUUGCAGAAACUAAAGCUUCUGAGGAAGUAGUUGCAGCCAUUGAGAAUCAUAGUUGUGUAACGAUAAUAGGGAGUCCGGGAUCAGGAAAAACGGCUACCUCUCAACAUGUUGCAUUGAUUUAUAUGCAAAAAGGGUACCAGCUAGUUCCAAUAGAUUCUCCAGACGAAAUUAUUACAUACGGAAAUCCAAACAAACAGCAAAUAUUUGUAUAUGAUGAUAUAUUAGGCGUCUUUGGAGUUGAUCAUGACAAGCUGGAUAGAUUAGAACGAAAACGAGAGAUGCUUAUGUUAGUUUUAGAGAAUGAUUCGAAACUGAUCAUGACAUGUCGUAAAUCAGUAUUUAAGGCAAGUGAAAUGCUAUGCACCUUCCAAUCGACAAAGGUAUUUUUCCUGAAAAAUGUUGUUGACUUAGAGAAUAAGCAGUUUUGUAUAAGUGAAGAUGAAAAACAAUGCAUCCUGAAAAUGCACUGUUUUUCGGUAGGCAUGAACCCCAAUACUUAUUCUUCCUGGUCCUUUGAAUCAGCAAACAUUAUGUUUCCUCUUCUAUGUCGGCUUUUUGCAAAUGAGAAAAAGUACCAAGAUAUUGGAUUGCGAUUUUUCAAUGAACCACAUGAAUGUUUAUAUGAAAAGUUAGAUGAAAUGAAGUGUAGGAACAAAAUCUAUUAUGCAGCACUAGUCUUAUGCAUGAUCAACAAAGGGAAAUUAUCAGAGGAUGAUUUUCCAGAAAUAAAGGUAAAGCAAUUGAUAUACAGGACAUGUCGACUUAACGAUGGGACGCCCAAGUUGGAUUUGAUAGAUGCUUUAGAUCAUAUGUUGGAGACGUAUGUGACACAAUGUGAUGGAGUGUUUCGAUUUAUCCAUGAUUGCAUAUUCGAAGUUACUGCUUCCCAUUUCGGAAAUCAAUAUCCUAAUUUGAUAAUAGAGUACCUAGACAGUAAUUACAUUGCUCAUAAGGUGCGGUUUAUAUCCGAGGAAUCAAAUCAAUGUAUGCAUGUUAAAGUACUAAAGCAACAUUAUUCGUCUUUAGGGAACAGAAUUUACAGAGAUAUCACAAAUAUGGAACUUUUUGAUGUUUUCAUGAACAAAUCAUUGACUUAUGAACCGUUUCUGAAUUUUUUUUUGAAAAUGUUAAGAAAAAAGCCAUAUGAAGAAAUCAAAGAUCUCUUUUUGUCCAUUCAGACUGGUAGUAUAUCGACACAUAUCGUUAAUCAAGGGGAGAACGUCAUUGAAAAGGAAAUGAAUAAAGACAAGUUUAGAGAUUCCUUUGUACUAAGAAGUCAAGAUAUACUACUGGACAAAAUAGUCAAAACUGACAACUCAGUAAUAUACCAAAUACGAGUUCUCAGUUGGAUUGUAUAUUAUAGGCAUACUUUGCUUCUGGAGUUUAUUAUUGACUUGGUUAUGUCCAAUAAUGAAUCUAUAGACAUCAUAGUUAAAACAAGCGAAACAGAACAAACUAGACUUUUAAUACUCGCAUGCUUUAGUGGAGAUUUGGAAAUGUUGAGAUUGAUACAAAACUAUGUAAACCCUAAAUGUAUAAAUAGAGCUUUGUUACCAAUAGAUGCUGGUUGGCCAGAAAAGAAAAAAAAUCCACACAGGUGCAAAACUCCGUUAUCUGCUGCCUGUUUACGUGGGGACUUAGCAAGUAUUGAAGAAUUGUUAAAGUUAGGUGCGGAUGUUAAUAUGCCAGAUAGUGCAUAUCUUCUUCCUAUUCUAGCAGCUGCUUAUUCGUGUCACUGGGAUGCAAUGGAUCUUUUGAUAAAACACAAUGGAGACAUCAAUAAAGGAAAUCACUCUGGCACACCGCCGUUAAUACUUGCAGCAACAGUUGGACACACUGAGGCAAUUUUACAAUUGUUAAAACGUGGAGCUACAGUUAAUUUGUGCAAAAAUGAUGGGACUUCUGCCGUACAUCGCGCUUCAGAUAGAGGUCAUUUAGAAGUAUUACGCGUUCUUGUACAAAAAGGAGGAGAUAUUAAUUUAUGCAACCAUGAUGGUGAAUCGCCCUUGUUUAUUGCGUCAGAGAAUGGUCAUUUAGAAAUAGUUAAAUACCUUCUUCAGACAGAUGCAAAUGUUAACUUCUCAAAUAACACGUCAAGGUCUCCAAUAUUUGCAGCGUGUAAUCAAAACCACCUUGAUGUUGUAACCGUACUGCUUGAAAACAAUGCCCAUGUAGAUUGCGUUGACAAAAACAACAGGACACCAUUAUACAUUGCGUCAAGAAAAGGGCGUGUAAAAUUAAUUAGGACUCUAUAUAAAUAUGGAGCUAAUCCAAAUAUCUGCGAUAACCACGGAAGAUCUCCAUUAUCAAUUGCAACGACUAAUGGGCAUAAGGAAGCCUCAAAAGUACUAUUAAAAAACGGUGCGCAUGUAAAUUUACCAGAUGUAAACAACAUUUCCCCGCUUUUCCUAGCUUCUGGAAAUACCGAUUUGCAGGGACUACUUUUGCACUAUGGAGCCGACAAGACAAUUAAGCCUUAUUUAAGUUACAUGAUACAAUCACAUAUCAAUGGCUGCAAAAAGUAUUAUCUCGUCAUUUUAGGAUUAAUAUCAACUCUGCUUGCUUUUUUAAUAAUCUUUUAUUGAAAACAAAUAACAAUUUUUCUCAUGUAAAAGUACAUUUUUUGGGAACCCAUUUUCUCUUUUCUUUGUAAAGGUACAGUAUAGAAUGUGGGUUUUUUUCAUAGCAGAGCAAGUAGCUUUUGCUCUGUUUUACCAAAAAUAGUAACAAUGAGCUAUUUUUGUGCCAUGUUGAUUUCAUUUAUCAUGUAUUUUGCAUCAAGAGAUUUUAUUGAUGAAGCUGAAACUUUUUUCAUAAACGAAACCAUGAUUUGGCUGACCUAUCUUCGACAAGAGAGGUGAAAGACACGAAAGAGAUGUUUAAACACACUAAUCAAAGGGAAAACAGACAAUUUCAUGGUGAAGAACCUGUGGGACCCACUAUCCAUUUCUCUUUAUAAGGAAUAUGACAUCACAUGACUGAAUGAAAUCAAUCCUGGUAUUCGCACUUACAAUCAGUAUACUUAACAUGACAAUUUUCAGCUGUAUUGAGGUAUUAAGAGAUUAAUUUUUGGAGCAGCUAAAUUUGACCUCAGAUUGUCAUAGGUUUAGUAUGGCUUAUUGCUUUAUUUCAGUUUGUAUUUUGUAUUUUGUAUUUUUGUUUUGCAGAUUGUUAUUUACCUUUAUUUGAUUUUCUGGCAAAGGAGAUAUCUAUUUGUAUGUAAUACAGUUUAUAUACAGUGCUUUUUACCAAGGAAAUUUGCUGUUUAAUUUUACCUCAGCUCAAUUAAGAUAUUUGAUUUUGUAAAAUGUAACAGUUUUAAAUCGCUGUACUUUGUAACCAAUGCUACAUUUGAGUUGUUGCUUUGAUGUAUUUUUGAUUAAAAAUUUGUUUUACAUAUUUGUAUACAACUAUAUAACAAUACCUGUAAAUUAUUGUAGAGGAAGUUUUAGUGUAAAUGUAUUUAUAUAAUUGUCAGUGUGUGUAAUGAAAUAGUGUUGUAUUUGCAAUUUUUUAUUACUCUUCAGCCUCAGAAUUCGUUACAUGUGUCGUUCAACUGAAAUUGUAUCUUAAUCUCGAACUUUAGUGAAUAUUUCUUAUUAAAUAUCAUUACUUUCAUAUAUUUUAAAGUUUGUCCACUUUGUGUAAUGGUAUGACAGACCUGACAAAGCACAUUAUGUCUUGUUUUAAUUAUUAAUCAACAUUUUCGGUAGAAUUUGCUGUGUUGAAACACCGUAGUUUCAUGUUUUGUGCAAGAAUUAUCGUUCUUAUCACAACAAAAAAGUAAUUUCUGAAAUAGAGAUUUUUUCCCGAGUGUACUUAUUGAAAUAUUGUUAUUAUGGAAUAAAAGUAUUUAUUGUAUAUAAUUUAUUGUCAUGCAUAUUUGUCAGUGUAAUGAUUGCGAUAAUGACAUCUUGGUUUCCAACCUUAAAAAACUUUGUAAGUUGAAAUUUAACUGUCCUAACGAACGGCUGUUGUUCGUUCUCCUUAUCUAUUCAUCUCACGUUUAGCUUUCAAAUUGUUAAUUUAUGUAAGGAGUUAAGUUAAGCUACUACGCAUUUAUUUACACAUCUUCACGUAUUAUUUGUGUAAAAAAGACAGUGAAUAUUAAUUUUGUUACACAAUGUACUUGACGGUGUUAUUUUGCCGUAAUACAUUUUGGCCUAAAUUUGGGAUUGUUUGAUUAUUCUUUAAACAUAUACUUAAAAUUGAGAAUGGAAAUGGGGAAUGUGUCAAAGAGACAACAACCCGACCAUAGAAAAAAAACAACAGCAGAAUGUCACCAACAGGUCUUCAAUGCAGCGUGAAAUUCCCGCACCCGGAGGCGUCCUUCAUAUAUAUGGAAGUUUUUAACGAUCUUGACUGGCUAUACAGCCCUUGCAGAGGCGUCCUUCAGCUAGCCCCUAAUCAAUUAUAUACUAGUUCAGUGAUAAUGAAUUUCGACCGCCAUACUAACUUCCAAAUUGUAGACUUCUUGAUUUUCGUUAUUUUUGUCUAGACACUGACAUUAUGCAGGUUCUUUGACUUGAUUGACAUUGUGUGAAUUAUAGAUUGACUUUGUAAUAUUGAAAUAAAUAUUCCUACAUAAUAAAUUAUCUUAU